CCCCAUCUCCCCCUCCAUAAAUUUCUUUACCUCGAGUCUCAAGCCUCAAGCCUCAAGCCUCAAGCCUCAAACAACAACCGCUCUCCCUCUCUUUGAAAUUAUGGGUACUUUAAUUGGGCAUGUAGUACCAGGCUUUGGUUUUGUUCUAAUUGGAUUAUGGCACCUCUUCAACCACAUCAAGCUCCAUCUUCAACAUCCCAACUCCUACACAGCACCAACAUGGUUUCCCGCCUCCAAGUUCAAGUACUCGGAGCUCUUGUUGAUCAUCUUAGGUUCAUCAGCCUCCAUUGCCAUGGAACUCUUCAUCAGCCCCGAAAAACACCAACCGUUCGACGACGACGGGACCAUCCCUUCAAACCAUCUCCACAACUUCGAGCACGCCACAAUCUCCAUGACUUUCUUGGUCUACGCUGCCUUUGCUAUCGUUCUCGACAAAUUAGCCCCUAGAGCUCAGCAUGGUCUGACCCAACUCCUCGGAGCCAUAGCCUUUGGUCAGCAACUGCUUCUCUUUCACCUUCACUCUACUGACCACAUGGGACCUGAAGGCCAAUUCCACUGGCUUCUUCAGCUUGUGAUUCUUGUCUCCUUGACCACAACCCUAAUGGGAAUUGGUUUUCCCAAGAGCUUCUUGGUCAGCUUUGUGAGGUCACUCAGCAUAUUCUUCCAAGGUCUCUGGUUUAUAGUCAUGGGGGUCAUGCUUUGGACACCUGGGUUGAUUUCCAAAGGUUGUUUCCUAAAUGAUGAAGACGGUCACAAAGUGGUUAGGUGCCAAAGCGAGGAGGCACGUCACAGAGCCCUGUCCUUGGUGAAUCUUCAGUUCAGUUGGUUCUUGAUUGUAGUUGCCGUUUUUGGGGUGGCUUUCUAUUUGGUUUUGAUUAAGUUCUACGGUGAAAAGGUGGAGUACUUUACUCUGCGAAGUGACCGUGAAUAUGAAGAAGAUGAUGAUGUGGAAUCUCAGAAGAAAAGUAAUGUUGGAGACUCAACGAGUUUUGUGGAUCAUAUGGGAAAAACAGCCUUUGCGCCAAUAGACAUGGAAAGGUAGAAAAGAAAAAUUGUGCACGGUAGAUAAUGAAUCGAAUUAAGCACUGCGGGGUAUGUGCGUAUAAAAAUUAAUUCGAUUGAUGGGUACCACUUUAUUUAAUUAUAGUAGAGAUUUGUGGGUGGAAAAUUGAGUGGGAAAUUGUUUGGUUUGCAUUGAAUAUUGACGUACAGGUAUUCGGUUUAGGAUGAGUCCUCUAUUUUGGUGUGUGUGUAUAUGGAAAAGUUACUAGUGAUCGAAAAUGGAUGGAGCUGUUGGAAUUGUAAAUUAAAUUUUCAUUUGAUUUGAUUAAUUAUAAACGUACGUUGCCUUAUCUUUAA